AUGUCGGCCCUACCUCCCUUCGCUUCAUCCUCACGAUAUUCGGAACCCCAAGCGCUUGAUAUACCGCUGGAGGCAGGAGGCGCACACAGCAUACCCGAUGAGAAGGGUAGUUCGAACAGGUCCGAGCAGGAGCUCGUCGCACGCGCUCAGACGUUCUCCGACUUUCCUGACGGUGGUCUCCAGGCCUGGCUUCAGGUUAUAGGCUCCUUCUUUCUCGUCUUUGUAGCAUGGGGUACUUUCAAUACAUUCGGCGCCUUCCAAACCUAUUACGAAGAAGAGCUGCUGGUCGGCACGUCUGCAUCCACUAUCAGCUGGAUUGGUAGCAUCGACGGCUUUAUGGUCAUGAUCUUCGGCACAUUGAGCGGCCCUAUAUUCGACAAAGGGCACUUUAGGGCGCUCAUCGCUAUCGGCUCGUUCUUCACUGUGUUUGGUCUGAUGAUGACGAGCCUGUCUACGUCGUUCUACCAGAUCUUCUGGGCUGUGAGGGCAUUAGCUGUCGGUAUUGCACUCUGUGGGAGCUCUCUCGCUGGCAUCAUCUACCCUGCGAUCUUCCGCCAGUUACAACCUCAAAUAGGCUUUCCGUGGACAGUGCGCGUGAUAGGCUUCGUCACCCUUGGAGUCCUCGCUUUCUCUCUGGCUGUCAUGCGGCCUCGAUUCACGUCACGUACUAGUCGCGCGCUACUGGAUCCAUCCGCGUUCACCGAUGCACCAUACAUGCUCUUCUGCGUCGGAAACUUCCUUAGCUUCAUGGGGGCAUAUAUACCCUACUUCUACAUAACUGCAUUUGCCCAAGCGCACACAGGCGCCAACACAAGCCUUUCAUUCUACACCAUCGCUAUCCUAAACGGAGUAUCCGUCAUCGGACGCAUAAUUCCCAACUUCAUCGCAGACAACGUCGGCCCGUUGAACAUCAUCACGCCAUGCGCCAUGGUCACGGCGAUCCUCGCCUUCUGCUGGAUCCCGGCCGACUCCGUUGGCGGCCUGAUAGUGUUCAUCUGCCUAUACGCCCUCUCAUCUGGAGCGCUGCUAUCAUUAACUCCGGCAUCGAUCGGAAGCCUCACACAAGACAUCGGUCGUGUGGGCACGCGACUGGGGAUGAGCUUGGGUAUGGCGAGCUUCGGCCUCCUUAUAGGCAACCCUGUCGCUGGAGCGCUCGUCAAUCUGCGGGCCGGCAGCUUUGUGCACGCACAAAUAUACAACGGCGCGAUUGUCAUCGGCGCGGGCAUCUUCAUGGCGCUCGCACGCGUUUCCAAAGUCGGUUGGUCUUUACGCGUCAAGGCUUGA